CCGGUAUAUCCGCCUCCCGCCAAACUCGCAGUUAUUCUGGCAUCAUUGUAUAUAUCCAUCUUCCUCAUCGCACUCGACCGCACAAUCAUUGGCCCAGCCAUCCCCGAAAUUACCAACAAAUUCAACUCCAUCUCGGAUAUCGGAUGGUACGGUUCCGCCUACAUGCUAACGUCAUGCGGCUUCAUUCUCUUCUAUGGCCGUAUAUACACGUUCUUCGCCACCAAAUGGGUCUUCCUCGCCUCCAUUGCACUGUUCGAGAUUGGCAGUGCUGUAUGCGGCGCAGCGCCUAGCUCGAAAGCCCUGAUCAUUGGGCGCUCGGUCGCGGGGGUAGGAAGUAGCGGGAUCUAUACCGGCGCGGUUCUCAUAAUAACGGAGAUUGUUCCGUUACAUAAGCGUCCAUUCAUCAAUGGGCUCUUUGGUGUGUGCUUUGGGGUUGCCUCCGUCGCUGGUCCAUUGCUCGGUGGAGCUUUCACUGGAAGCAGAGCAACUUGGAGGUGGUGCUUCUUCAUAAACCUGCCCCUGGGUGGUUUCACGAUUAUCAUCGUGUCUCGGUUCCUGCACAUCCAAGACAAGAAGGAGAGUCUCGGCUGGAAAAAGACAGCACAACAUCUUGACCCUAUCGGUACUCUUCUCCUCCUGCCCACCAUCGUCUGUCUGCUUCUUGCUUUGGAAUGGGGAGCAACAAAGUACCCGUGGAACGACGGCAGAAUCAUUGCUUUAUUGGUAGUCUUCGCCAUAUUGCUCCUAGCAUUUCUCCUCUGGCAGUAUCACACGAGAAAGACGACGGCCACCAUCACCUCCGAGAUUGCCUUUCAGAGGAGCGUGGCUUUUGGCGGACUUUCCCAAUUCUGUGUCGGCGCAACAAUGCUCACUUGCGCUCUUUAUAUACCUGUCUGGUUUCAGGCCGUCCAAGGAGUCGAUGCAAUGAAGUCUGGUAUUCGAACGAUCCCGCUCGUUCUUUCGGUCGUUGUAGGCUCCGUAUCAUCCGGCGCAGCUGUGCAAAAGAUCGGUUACUACUCGCCUUUUAUGAUUGCCGGCGGCAUGUUAUUGAUCACUGGCACUGGCUUACUUACCACGUGGGCUAUCACCAGCGGCAGCGAUAAGUGGAUCGGUUACCAAGUCCUGUUAGGAUUAGGAGUCGGGUUCACUAUGCAACAACCGAACCUAGCAGUCCAAGUUGUUCUUCCGAAGAAGGACAUUCCAACGGGGAUCGCAUUAUUAUCUCUGUGCCAAACAUUGGGAGGAGCGCUCUUUGCGUCCGUAGGGCAAAACACAUUUCUCGACAGGUUUCUACGGGGCCUGCAGCGCAUUGAAGGAGUUGAUCCGGACAAAACAGUUCAUGCCGGGGCUACAGAACUCAAAAGCGCGAUCCCCGAGAAAUUGCUUCCUCGAGUGCUGGAGGCCUACAACAGCAGUCUGACGAAGGGGCCUUUCCUGGCGGUUUUCAUAGUGGCCUGCUUCUCGGUUCCGGCGGCAUUGGGCAUGGAAUGGAGGAGCGUGAAAGAGGGCCAAAAGCUC